AAUAUAAAAUAAAGAAUAAAAUAAUGUUAAGUGUAUAUUAAAAGUGUUAAAUUAAGUAUAUGUUUACACGUUCCGGCUGUUACGCAUUACGAACAUGCACGAGGAUGACUUGAAAAAUCAAUUGACCAUUGCGCGCAACGAGAUAAACAACUUGAGACAGCAGGUGCGCAAUUUACAGCAUGUGCAGCGCAAGGACAUUGAGACAAUAAACCGGCUGCUGCAGGAUUUUCGCUGCGAAGGCUGCGCCAAGGCCAAGGACAACCUGCAGAACAGCAGCAAUGAUAACGAAGACGUCGUCCACUUCAAGUCCAUUGGCAUAAUACGCACCGACUUCCCAGAGAAACGCGCUGUGCCCCGGCAGUCGAGCGUGGGCAAUCGCCUACGUAGCUUCAUACAUCUUAGUGAUGGCACUUUUACCAAUCCGGAGCAUUCACUUGAGGGCUUAGCCGAUUUCUCUCAUAUGUGGAUUAUCUACCAUUUUCAUCGAAACAAUUCACAUCCCAAGGCAAAAGUGGCACCCCCUCGCUUAGGCGGAGAGCGCGUUGGCGUCUUCUCCACACGUUCGCCGCAUCGGCCUUGUCCCAUUGGAUUGUCGCUGGUGGAGAUCGAGAGGAUUGAGGGUGAUAGAAUAAGCUUCUUUGGAACUGACAUGGUGGAUGGCACUCCUGUGCUGGAUAUUAAGCCAUAUAUACCCUACUAUGAUGCACCUGUGCUAAGUGUAGACUCAGGUCGAACUGCUGCAAUGCCCAAUGAAAACAAUGCCGACUUUUAUGGGUCCCGUCAAGAACCAGAUGGCGAGGAAUCCGAUUUGGAACUGUACGGAGCGAGUGGCUAUACGGCCAAUAAUAUAAAUCCCGAUGUCUUGAGCGGUCAACCGCCAUUGCCGAGUGCUGUGCGUGUACCCAAUUGGGUUGUGGCCAACCAUCGUCUGACCGUUUGCUUCAAUGAGCACGCCGAGGCCCAACUGCUGGAGCUGCAAGUGCAAAAGCAAUGCAUUGUGGACAUCUUGGAAGCGGAUCCUCGUUCCGUAUAUCUGCGCACAAAAUACGGCUCACAAAUAUUUACGUUUCAACUAAGCGAAGUUACUGUCACUUGCAAAUUUGAUGAUAAAGCUGGAAUUGUGACUGUGGUUCAAGUGCGGCGCAAUGAGAAUAUUCAAGUCGCUGCUUUGGACGGUGGAGAUUCGCACAAUUCCUGAUGGGGCCGUGUAUUUAAGAUAAAUAUUACAAAAUAUAAUAUUUGCAAAGGUUUUGAAAACUGUUUCGCUUGUGUAGUAAAACAAAAAGUUAAUUAUCUUUGUGUGUGUUUUAGCUUAAGUAUUCAAGUUGAGGAGCUUUAAAAAUGUAAACUGUUUCGAUUAUGUAUAAUAUAUAUGUAUAUGAGGCAACGCGCUUAUAAUGUAACGAAAA